GAGCUUGGCACCCUGGGGUUUGAAUGUACCCUUGAAGAGGUUGAUCUUGAAGAUAUCACUGAGGAUCAAAUCAACACGAUAAAAGCUUGCACAUCUGAAGAUCCAAGGACUGGAAACUGUCCUGCACUGGAAAGAUCUGCUUUUGAUACGAGCCAAUGCCUGCAGGGCAUCUACGAGGAUCUGAGUGCCUACAGGGCAGAGCUGACGAACUUCAGUGAUCAAAAGCUGCUGGCAACUAUUGAUGAAAUGAUGAAAGCCCUGAGGACCGGCGGCAGCAGCGCGCCGCAGCCGGCGGCGGGCGCGGGGCUGACCUCCUUCAAGGAGAGGAUGAGGCUCUGCAGCGUCCUUCACGCCUUCCGAAUCCGCACGGUCACCAUCAACAGGAUGAUGAACUACCUGACCUCUCCCGAGAGCUCCCUGUAA